AUGGGCUCUUCAGGCCCAUCUGAGGACGACCUUGUCGUGCUCGACAAGGAAAGCGCGACCGGUCAAGUCGUGCGAACAGCCGUUUGUCUUUCUUCGAUCACCCUCAAACCAUUGAGGAUCCAAAACAUUCGGCAGAAUGCCUCAAUCCAACUGACCGGAACAAACAAGCCAGGCAUGACGGCAGAGCUCGUGGCCAUUGUCAACUGGCUGGCUGAGCAAACUGGUGCCGAGGUCGUAGGAAAUACCAUCGAAAGCAGGACCCUCGAGUUCCGGCCCAAGUUUCGUCCAUCUGCAAAGCAGAUAAGCCGCAGGGAGAUCAGGAUCGACCCGGGCUCGAUGCUUGCCAGCUCCAUGCUGCACUUCCAGACCGUUCUGCCGUUCCUGCUUUACAUCGGAAGCGAAGACCCUGACAACGGCAAGCCGAUAGAGCUGAGACUCAAGGGUGCGACGUACUCGCCCGGCGCCCCAAGCUUCGAGUACAUCGAUCAGGUGUUCCUCCCAGCCCUCCGGGAUUGUUUUGGUGUCGACAUCAUCUGCCAACUUGUGAAGCGUGGAUGGGACAGGAUGACCCGCAAGUGCCUUCAAGAAGGAACGGUACGCUUUAAGAUCCGGCCGCGUAAGAUCGGCACGACCCUCUCCCUUCAACCGAAUGCGAAGCUGUGCGAUGAUGACGACGACGACUUGGCGGGGUCUGUCGACAAUGUGUUGUCUCGUGUCGACGUGACCAUCGUCACUCCUCCAGUGCUGCAUGGUCUGCUGCAAAAGUACCUUCAGGGGGACAUCGAGGCCCGGUUUGGUAACAUCGAUGUUGAGUUCAAGUUGGAGGAGAGCGGUCAUGACGACCGUGUCUACGUGUUGCUCGUGGGCAAGUCUGAACACUGUCGUUGGGGCCGGGACUACCUGAUGACCCAUCCUCUAAAGGAGUCUACCACACUUGCGCUGACCAAGGAAAUCUCGAGCCAGGUCUGCAAGGACUUGGAGGACGAAGUGAACAGCGACCGUGCGGUCGACAGGCACCUCGAGGACCAGCUGGUUGUCUAUCAAUGUCUUGCUGAGGGCCGAACGUGUUUCGACUCACUGACUGCCGAGGAAGCAACAGAUUUGGACUCGUCCACAACUCAACUCUCCAAAGCGGUUGCGUCAGCCCUCCUCCCGAACGUCCAGUACGAUGGCAAGACUUGCAUUGGGGCAGCCGUGAAGAUUGGCCAGCUCUAA